CGACAAUUCUUCGGUGACUGGUGCCAGGCAAAAAAAACAAAAACAAAAACAAAAAAAACACACACACACACACUGAGGAAAGACAAUCAAUAGACGGAGACAUCUGUGACAGAUUUGUCCAAAAAAGACAAUUUGAGGAGAAGCUCUUGGGACUUUGGAGCAAAAUGGAGUGAUUAGUAGUAGUUAAUAUUCAAGUGACAACUUUAAGGAGUAUUAAGUACACUACUGAGGGAGGAGAAAGGAAAUUUAAAAACCUCCACUUAGCCUUUUGUUUCUGCAACAGCAAGCAUCAUAAUAAACGAACGCUUCUGGGUUAAUGUGGUUAUGAGUUAUAGAACUUUGAAGCUGUGGAAGCGGCUCCAGGUCUCCCUGAAGAGCAUUACUCCUGAGCUGUAAGCCAAAAAGAAUAAGGCUUUUUGCUCACUUUGGAGCAGAGAACUUUUCCUCCCUCAGGUUUGGACACAAUUUUCCAUUUCCUGGGAAGAUUUUCUGUCUCUGCCUAUGUCACAAGAGGAUUCAGGACCUGGAAGAAGAGCUCAGGAUGAAGGUAAAAGGCAGAGGAAUCACCUGCUUGCUGGUCUCCUUUGCUGUGAUCUGCCUGGUCGCCACCCCUGGGGGCAAGGCCUGUCCUCGCCGCUGUGCCUGUUAUAUGCCUACGGAGGUACACUGCACAUUUCGGUACCUGACUUCCAUCCCAGACAGCAUCCCACCCAAUGUGGAACGCAUCAAUUUAGGAUACAACAGCUUGGUUAGAUUGAUGGAAACAGAUUUUUCUGGCCUGACCAAACUGGAGUUACUCAUGCUUCACAGCAAUGGCAUUCACACAAUCCCUGACAAGACCUUCUCAGAUUUGCAGGCCUUGCAGGUCUUAAAAAUGAGCUAUAACAAAGUCCGAAAACUUCAGAAAGAUACUUUUUAUGGCCUCAGGAGCUUGACACGAUUGCACAUGGACCACAACAAUAUUGAGUUUAUAAACCCAGAGGUUUUUUAUGGGCUCAACUUUCUCCGCCUGGUGCACUUGGAAGGAAAUCAGCUCACUAAGCUCCACCCAGAUACAUUUGUCUCUUUGAGCUACCUCCAGAUAUUUAAAAUCUCUUUCAUUAAGUUCCUAUACUUGUCUGAUAACUUCCUGACCUCCCUCCCUCAAGAGAUGGUCUCCUAUAUGCCUGACCUAGACAGCCUUUACCUGCAUGGAAACCCAUGGACCUGUGAUUGCCAUUUAAAGUGGUUGUCUGACUGGAUACAGGAGAAGCCAGAUGUAAUAAAAUGCAAAAAAGAUAGAAGUCCCUCUAGUGCUCAGCAGUGUCCACUUUGCAUGAACCCUAGGACUUCUAAAGGCAAGCCGUUAGCUAUGGUCUCAGCUGCAGCUUUCCAGUGUGCCAAGCCAACCAUUGACUCAUCCCUGAAAUCAAAGAGCCUGACUAUUCUGGAAGACAGUAGUUCUGCUUUCAUCUCUCCCCAAGGUUUCAUGGCACCCUUUGGCUCCCUCACUUUGAAUAUGACAGAUCAGUCUGGAAAUGAAGCUAACAUGGUCUGCAGUAUUCAAAAGCCCUCAAGGACAUCACCCGUUGCAUUCACUGAAGAAAAUGACUACAUCGUGCUAAAUACUUCAUUUUCAACAUUUUUGGUGUGCAACAUAGAUUACGGUCACAUUCAGCCAGUGUGGCAAAUUUUGGCUUUGUACAGUGAUUCUCCUCUGAUACUAGAAAGGAGCCACUUGCUUAGUGAAACACCGCAGCUGUAUUACAAAUAUAAACAGGUGGCUCCUAAGCCUGAAGACAUUUUUACCAACAUAGAGGCAGAUCUCAGAGCAGAUCCCUCUUGGUUAAUGCAAGACCAAAUUUCCUUGCAGCUGAACAGGACUGCCACCACAUUCAGUACAUUACAGAUCCAGUACUCCAGUGAUGCUCAAAUCACUUUACCAAGAGCAGAGAUGAGGCCAGUGAAACACAAAUGGACUAUGAUUUCAAGGGAUAACAAUACUAAGCUGGAACAUACUGUCUUGGUAGGUGGAACCGUUGGCCUGAACUGCCCAGGCCAAGGAGACCCCACCCCACACGUGGAGUGGCUUCUAGCUGAUGGAAGUAAAGUGAGAGCCCCUUAUGUCAGUGAGGAUGGACGGAUCCUAAUAGACAAAAGUGGAAAAUUGGAACUCCAGAUGGCUGAUAGUUUUGACACAGGCAUAUAUCACUGUAUAAGCAGCAAUUAUGAUGAUGCAGAUAUUCUCACCUAUAGAAUAACUGUGGUAGAACCUUUGGUCGAAGCCUAUCAGGAAAAUGGGAUUCAUCACACAGUUUUCAUUGGUGAAACACUUGAUCUUCCAUGCCAUUCUACUGGUAUCCCAGAUGCCUCUGUUAGCUGGGUUAUUCCAGGAAACAAUGUGCUCUAUCAGUCAUCAAGAGACAAGAAAGUUCUUAACAAUGGCACAUUAAGAAUAUUACAGGCCACCCCGAAAGACCAAGGUUAUUAUCGCUGUGUGGCAGCCAACCCAUCAGGGGUUGAUUUUUUGAUUUUCCAAGUUUCAGUCAAGAUGAAAGGACAAAGGCCCUUGGAGCAUGAUGGAGAAACAGAGGGAUCUGGACUUGAUGAGUCCAAUCCUAUUGCUCAUCUUAAGGAGCCACUAGGUGCACAGCUCCGUACAUCUGCUCUGAUGGAGGCUGAGGUUGGAAAACACACCUCAAGCACAAGUAAGAGGCACAACUAUCGGGAAUUAACACUCCAGCGACGUGGAGAUUCAACACAUCGACGUUUUAGGGAGAAUAGGAGGCAUUUCCCUCCCUCUGCUAGGAGAAUUGACCCACAACAUUGGGCGGCACUGUUGGAGAAAGCUAAAAAGAAUGCUGUGCCAGACAAGCGAGAAAAUACCACAGUGAGCCCACCCCCAGUGGUCACCCAACUCCCAAACAUACCUGGUGAAGAAGACGAUUCCUCAGGCAUGCUCGCUCUACAUGAGGAAUUUAUGGUCCCGGCCACUAAAGCUUUGAACCUUCCAGCAAGGACAGUGACUGCUGACUCCAGAACAGUAUCUGAUAGUCCUAUGACAAACAUAAAUUAUGGCACAGAAUUCUCUCCUGUUGUGAAUUCACAAAUACUACCACCUGAAGAACCCACAGAUUUCAAACUGUCUACUGCUAUUAAAACUACAGCCAUGUCAAAGAAUAUAAACCCAACCAUGUCAAGCCAAAUACAAGGCACAACCAAUCAACAUUCAUCCACUGUCUUUCCACUGCUACUUGGAGCAACUGAAUUUCAGGACUCUGACCAGAUGGGAAGAGGAAGAGAGCAUUUCCAAAGUAGACCCCCAAUAACAGUAAGGACUAUGAUCAAAGAUGUCAAUGUCAAAAUGCUUAGUAGCACCACCAACAAACUAUUAUUAGAGUCAGUAAAUACCACAAAUAGUCAUCAGACACCUGUAAGAGAAGUCAGUGAGCCCAGGCCCAAUCACUUCUAUUCUCACACUACUCAAAUACUUAGCACCUCCACGUUCCCUUCAGAUCCACACACAGCUGCUCAUUCUCAGUUUCCGAUCCCUAGAAAUAGUACAGUUAACAUCCCGCUGUUCAGACGCUUUGGGAGGCAGAGGAAAAUUGGUGGAAGGGGGCGGAUUAUCAGCCCAUAUAGAACUCCAGUUCUGCGACGGCAUAGAUACAGCAUUUUCAGGUCAACAACCAGAGGUUCUUCUGAAAAAAGCACUACUGCAUUCUCAGCCACAGUGCUCAAUGUGACAUGUCUGUCCUGUCUUCCCAGGGAGAGGCUCACCACUGCCACAGCAGCAUUGUCUUUUCCAAGUGCUGCUCCCAUCACCUACCCCAAAGCUGACAUUGCCAGAGUCCCAUCAGAAGAGUCUACAACUCUAGUCCAGAAUCCACUAUUACUACUUGAGAACAAACCCAGUGUAGAGAAAACAACACCCACAAUAAAAUAUUUCAGUACUGAAAUUUCCCAAGUGACUCCAACUGGUGCAGUCAUGACAUAUGCUCCAACAUCCAUACCCAUGGAAAAAACUCACAAAGUAAACGCCAGUUACCCACGUGUGUCUAGCACCAAUGAAGCUAAAAGAGAUUCAGUGAUUACAUCGUCACUUUCAGGUGCUAUCACCAAGCCACCAAUGACUAUUAUAGCCAUUACAAGGUUUUCAAGAAGGAAAAUUCCCUGGCAACAGAACUUUGUAAAUAACCAUAACCCAAAAGGCAGAUUAAGGAAUCAACAUAAAGUUAGUUUACAAAAAAGCACAGCUGUGAUGCUUCCUAAAACAUCUCCUGCUUUACCCAGAGACAAAGUCUCCCCUUUCCAUUUCACCAAACUUUCAACAAGUGUGAUGCAAAUUCCAUCUAAUACCUUGACUACAGCUCACCACACUAUGACCAAAACACACAAUCCUGGAAGUCUUCCAACAAAGAAGGAGCUUCCCUUCCCACCCCUUAACCCUAUGCUUCCUAGUAUUAUAAGCAAAGACUCAAGUACAAAAAGCAUCAUAUCAACGCAAACAGCAAUACCAGCAACAACUCCUACCUUCCCUGCAUCUGUCAUCACUUAUGAAACCCAAACAGAGAGAUCCAGAGCACAAACAAUACAAGGAGAACAGGAGCCUCAAAAGAAGAACAGGACUGACCCAAACAUCUCUCCAGACCAGAGUUCUGGCUUCACUACAUCCACUGCUAUGACACCUCCUGUUCUAACCACAGCCGAAACUUCAGUCAAGCCCAGUGUCUCUGCAUUCACUUAUUCCCCACCAGAAAACACAACUGGGAUUUCAAGCACAAUCAGUUUUCAUUCAAGAACUCUUAAUCUGACAGAUGUGAUUGAAGAACUAGCCCAAGCAAGUACUCAGACUUUGAAGAGCACAAUUGCUUCUGAAACAACUGUGUCCAGCAAAUCACACCAGAGUACCACAACUAGGAAAGCAAUCAUUAGACACUCAACCAUCCCACCAUUCUUGAGCAGCAGUGCUACUCUAAUGCCAGUUCCCAUCUCCCCUCCCUUUACUCAGAAAGCAGUUACUGACAACGUGGCGACUCCCAUUUCCGGGCUUAUGACAAAUACAGUGGUCAAGCUGCACGAAUCCUCAAGGCACAAUGCUAAACCACAGCAAUUAGUAGCAGAGGUUGCAACAUCCCCCAAGGUUCACCCAAAUGCCAAGUUCACAAUUGGAACCACUCACUUCAUCUACUCUAAUCUGUUACAUUCUACUCCCAUGCCAGCACUAACAACAGUUAAAUCACAGAAUUCUAAAUUAACUCCAUCUCCCUGGGCAGAAAACCAAUUUUGGCACAAACCAUACUCAGAAAUUGCUGAAAAAGGCAAAAAGCCAGAAGUAAGCAUGUUGGCUACUACAGGCCUGUCCGAGGCCACCACUCUUGUUUCAGAUUGGGAUGGACAGAAGAACACAAAGAAGAGUGACUUUGAUAAGAAACCAGUUCAAGAAGCAACAACUUCCAAACUCCUUCCCUUUGACUCUUUGUCUAGGUAUAUAUUUGAAAAGCCCAGAAUAGUUGGAGGAAAAGCUGCAAGUUUUACUAUUCCAGCUAACUCAGAUGCCUUUCUUCCCUGUGAAGCUGUUGGAAAUCCCCUGCCCACCAUUCAUUGGACCAGAGUCCCAUCAGGACUUGAUUUAUCUAAGAGGAAACAGAAUAGCAGGGUCCAGGUUCUCCCCAAUGGUACCCUGUCCAUCCAGAGGGUGGAAAUUCAGGACCGCGGACAGUACUUGUGUUCCGCAUCCAAUCUGUUUGGCACAGACCACCUUCAUGUCACCUUGUCUGUGGUUUCCUAUCCUCCCAGGAUCCUGGAGAGACGUACCAAAGAGAUCACAGUUCAUUCCGGAAGCACUGUGGAACUGAAGUGCAGAGCAGAAGGUAGGCCAAGCCCUACAGUUACCUGGAUUCUUGCAAACCAAACAGUUGUCUCAGAAUCAUCCCAGGGAAGUAGGCAGGCUGUGGUGACGGUUGACGGAACAUUGGUCAUCCACAAUCUCAGUAUUUAUGACCGUGGCUUUUACAAAUGUGUGGCCAGCAACCCAGGUGGCCAGGAUUCACUGCUGGUUAAAAUACAAGUCAUUGCAGCACCACCUGUUAUUCUAGAGCAAAGGAGGCAAGUCAUUGUAGGCACUUGGGGUGAAAGUUUAAAACUGCCCUGUACUGCAAAAGGAACUCCUCAGCCCAGCGUUUACUGGGUCCUCUCUGAUGGCACUGAAGUGAAACCAUUACAGUUUACCAGUUCCAAGUUGUUCUUAUUUUCAAAUGGGACUUUGUAUAUAAGAAACCUAGCCUCUUCAGACAGGGGCACUUAUGAAUGCAUUGCUACCAGUUCCACUGGUUCGGAGCGAAGAGUAGUAACGCUUACAAUGGAAGAGCGAGUGACCAGCCCCAGGAUAGAAGCUGCAUCCCAGAAAAGGACUGAAGUGAAUUUUGGGGACAAAUUACUACUGAACUGCUCAGCCACUGGGGAGCCCAAACCCCAAAUAAUGUGGAGGUUACCAUCCAAGGCUGUGGUCGACCAGCAGCAUAGAGUGGGCAGCUGGAUCCACGUCUACCCUAAUGGAUCCCUGUUUAUUGGAUCAGUAACAGAAAAAGACAGUGGUGUCUACUUGUGUGUGGCAAGAAACAAAAUGGGGGAUGAUCUGAUACUGAUGCAUGUUAGCCUAAGACUGAAACCUGCCAAAAUUGACCACAAGCAGUAUUUUAGAAAGCAAGUGCUCCAUGGGAAAGAUUUCCAAGUAGAUUGCAAAGCUUCCGGCUCCCCAGUGCCAGAGAUAUCUUGGAGUUUGCCUGAUGGAACCAUGAUCAACAAUGCAAUGCAAGCCGAUGACAGUGGCCACAGGACUAGGAGAUACACCCUUUUCAACAAUGGAACUUUAUACUUCAACAAAGUUGGGGUAGCGGAGGAAGGAGAUUAUACUUGCUAUGCCCAGAACACCCUAGGGAAAGAUGAAAUGAAGGUCCACUUAACAGUUAUAACGGCUGCUCCCUGGAUAAGGCAGAGUAACAAAACCAACAAGAGAAUCAAAGCUGGAGACACAGCUGUCCUUGACUGUGAGGUCAUUGGGGAUCCCAAACCAAAAAUAUUUUGGUUGCUGCCUUCCAAUGACAUGAUUUCCUUCUCCAUUGAUAGGUACACAUUUCAUGCCAAUGGGUCUUUGACCAUCAACAAAGUGAAACUGCUCGAUUCUGGAGAGUACGUAUGUGUAGCCCGAAAUCCCAGUGGGGAUGACACCAAAAUGUACAAACUGGAUGUGGUCUCUAAACCUCCAUUAAUCAAUGGUCUGUAUACAAACAGAACUGUUAUUAAAGCCACAGCUGUGAGACAUUCCAAAAAACACUUUGACUGCAGAGCUGAAGGGACACCAUCUCCUGAAGUCAUGUGGAUCAUGCCAGACAAUAUUUUCCUCACAGCCCCAUACUAUGGAAGCAGAAUCACAGUCCAUAAAAAUGGAACCUUGGAAAUUAGGAAUGUGAGGCUUUCAGAUUCAGCCGACUUUAUCUGUGUGGCCCGAAAUGAAGGUGGAGAGAGCGUGUUGGUAGUACAGUUAGAAGUGCUGGAAAUGCUGAGAAGACCGACAUUUAGAAAUCCAUUUAAUGAAAAAAUAGUUGCCCAGCUGGGAAAGUCCACAGCAUUGAAUUGCUCUGUUGAUGGUAACCCACCACCUGAAAUAAUCUGGAUUUUACCAAAUGGCACACGAUUUUCCAAUGGACCACAAAGUUAUCAGUAUCUGAUAGCAAGCAAUGGUUCUUUUAUCAUUUCUAAAACAACUCGGGAGGAUGCAGGAAAAUAUCGCUGUGCAGCUAGGAAUAAAGUUGGCUAUAUUGAGAAAUUAGUCAUAUUAGAAAUUGGCCAGAAGCCAGUUAUUCUUACCUAUGCACCAGGGACAGUAAAAGGCAUCAGUGGAGAAUCUCUAUCACUGCAUUGUGUGUCUGAUGGAAUCCCUAAGCCAAAUAUCAAAUGGACUAUGCCAAGUGGUUAUGUAGUAGACAGGCCUCAAAUUAAUGGGAACUACAUAUUGCAUGACAAUGGCACCUUAGUCAUUAAAGAAGCAACAGCUUAUGACAGAGGAAACUAUAUCUGUAAGGCUCAAAAUAGUGUUGGUCAUACACUGAUUACUGUUCCAGUAAUGAUUGUAGCCUACCCUCCCCGAAUUACAAAUCGUCCACCCAGGAGUAUUGUCACCAGGACAGGGGCAGCCUUUCAGCUCCACUGUGUGGCCUUGGGAGUUCCCAAGCCAGAAAUCACGUGGGAGAUGCCUGACCACUCCCUUCUCUCAACGGCAAGUAAAGAGAAGACACAUGGAAGUGAGCAGCUUCACCUACAAGAUUCAGAAGUGUGAAGGAUGCCCAUACGGAGUCACUCCUUGCUGUGGCUGGUUGCCUAAGGAGAAAAAUAAAUUCAACCAAAAUUACAGACACAAAACUAUUGCACAGAUGGAUGCUACCCUCUUGUCACUGCUCUCAGUACCAGCUGCAGGUACAGGGAAACAGAAUGGCCGGAGAGUACUAUCCUUGCCCUGAAAAACCCUUGUGGUGGGAUUCAAGUACCACCCCACAGAGGGGACACCUUUAUUCACAGUCCACACUUGCCAAUGCAAGGCCGCAGGAUUUAGGUUACUGGCCCAUCCAGAGUGUCUCCCUCUGAACUAAACUACUUGGUAUUAACUUUCAAAAGGAAUACAGUAAAAGUUUCAUAAAACAUUGAAAGUUCUCAAAAUGCUUACGAAAGUCAGCAAUUCUACUUUAACACAUAAUUGGUAAGAAAAAAUUAGAUUGGAACUGGGCAAUUUUCUGCAACUAGCCAUAAGGUAUGUACAACAGAACUGUGCAAGAGUAUAUGCAGGUGCAAGAGUGUCCGUGUGUGAUGACUCAAGCGUGUGCCUAUGUAGACAUGCAUGCCUGCACAUGCAUACAGAAACAAGGAAUGGUCAGUAGAUACCAAAAAAUGACAUGGGCUUAGAAACAGCUACUGCUUGUUUAACUCUGGAGUAUUCAAAUCCGGAGGCCCCAUUCACAUGGGCCAUGCUAUCAAAGGAGCCCUCUGGAGUUGUGUGGUGAGCAGCUCAGUUUAGUCACCACCCUUCAACAAUGGAGUCUGGCAUAACUGCUUAUCAGGCAGCUGAGUAUAUACUGUGGUUAGGAGGUGGGCUCUGGAAGGAAUGCUUCUGAGUUCAAGUCUCAGCUCUAUUAGCUGAAAAACCUUGGGCAAAUUAGUCAAUGUUCCCGUUCUUCAGUUGUCUCCUCAUCUGUAAUGUGGGAACAGUAAUAAUACAUAAUCUCACAGGGUGGGUUAAAAAUAAAGUAAAUCAAUACAUGGGAAGUCCUAGUGCUUGGGUCCUAGAAAGUCCUCCAUAAAUGAUGGCUUUAACAAAAAGCUGAGCUCUGGUAGACAGGAACUAAGAGUAGAUAUCUUUCCCCAAACAGAUGCCACUUUAUAAAAAUCAUAGUUACCUAUUUCUAAACACUAGAAGAAAAAAAUCUGCCUUAAGAUUGUAUUUUCUAUAAGAAUAAGGAUUCUGGAAUUAGUGAAACAUAAUGAGAUUUUAAUUACAAAUGUGUUUUAAUAGACCAGAUCUAUUAAACAGUAAACAGUAGCUAGAAAUGAAGAUUUACUUGAUUUAACUGACAUUAAAUGAGGCCAUAAGAGGAAAAUAUUUUUAAAGAAGAAAAAAAAUCUUGGGUAUCCACUGGUAGAGACACUAAGGUGUAAGAGGGAUAUCCCUCUGUCAGAAAAUCAACUCACACAGCAGCCAGGCAGAAAAUUAAGACUAAAACCAAGCUGCCCCUCAGUAAUUACAUGACCUGUUUCCUUAUGUCUCAGCAGGCUACCAGACCUGCACCACUGCCUUCACCACAAACUGGUCUUCCCUCUGGUACCUCACAAGUACAUAAUCCAAGACCAAGAAGAAACUGCUAGUCUCACUCAUUGCACGGAUGGAAAAACUACACGAUCCAGAUAAUGGCAGUGAAGCUGACACCAAAAUUUACGUCUUCUGACUUCCAGGCUAAUAUUCUUUGCAUCACAGGGAGCUUGCUCCCAUUUCUAAAAGGAUUUUCCGUCCUAUGACACCAGCCCAGGGGUGAUUCAAUUCAUGGGAGCACACUGCUGGCAUUGAGAUGAGGUAUGAUGAAAUGGGCUAUUGGUAAAUUCUCUAGAAAGGCAGCACAUUAAACAAAACAAAACAAAACAAAACAAAACAAAACAAAAACACCACACCAGCACUACAGGCAAGAUUACUAGGGAGAAAACACUGUCUCGAUCAUGCUGUCUGUGAUGUUAUAGGUUUUGAUUUAUGAGUCACUAUCAGAAGGGUAGGAUGGUGCAGUGGUAAGAACAUUCACAGUCUGACAGUUUAGUGCUAACCUCCCUGUAUCUGAAGAUCUUCGGGAGGCCAGCUAACUUUAUUCAUCUGUAUAAUUAAGGGCAUUAGCUGAUGCUCCCUGAACUCUCCAGCUUUAAACAAAGGACACCUUUAAUUCCAUAGCAGUCCCCCCAAUGAGAAGAAAUAUUUCUAGAUUCUGGUGGAAGCAAAAAGAAAGUAUCUUCACUGAAUUUGAGAAAAACUGGGGCUUUCCCAGGAAAGGAAGCAUUCAAGCCAAAACCAAACGAAGACAGAAUGAAAAUACCUUGGGCUAAACCAAAUAACAUGAACAUUGUACUGAGGAAGAUGGUACCAUCUUGGGAGAGCCGCCACUUUACGUUUCGCUGGCUUAUUUUUAAUUUUCCGGGAGCCGUCUGUUCCAUGACACACAGGGGUACUUACUGG